UACUAUUUAUUGAGAGGCGAAUAUGUCAGAAAUUAUAUAAAUUGACAUUUGCAUACAAUAUUGUUUAAAAUUAAAGUAUUUUUGUCCAAUUUAAUUCAGUAUUCUUAACAGAUUUCUUUGUUCGAUAAGUGAAAUUUUCUUGGUCGCCGCAAGAGUGAAGUUCGUUCAAGUGACGUCACAAAAACGAUCAGUCACAGUCAUCGAAACAGAGAAAUGUCGGCGUGUUGUAAGAACAAGUGAUAGUUCUUGUGCUUGGAAAUUGUGGCCCGUGUUCAAAAUUGUAAAUUUACUCUUAUAUACUUUAACAAAUUUUAAUUAUGGCGUCAUCAAGCGUUAAAAGUGAAUUUGUAGUGGGUGGAAAAUAUCGUUUAGUUCGCAAAAUUGGUAGCGGAUCUUUUGGUGACAUUUACUUGGGUAUCAAUAAAACAAAUGGAGAAGAGGUUGCUGUAAAAUUGGAAUCAAUAAGAGCUAGGCAUCCACAAUUGCUGUAUGAAAGCAAGUUGUAUAAAAUUCUAAAUGGUGGUAUUGGUAUCCCACAUAUCAGAUAUUAUGGUCAGGAAAAAGAAUAUAACAUAUUAGUUAUGGACUUGUUGGGGCCAUCACUCGAGGAUCUGUUCAAUUUCUGUUCACGAAGAUUCACAAUCAAAACGGUCCUGAUGUUGGCUGAUCAAAUGAUUGGCCGCAUCGAAUACGUCCACUGUAAAUCGUUCAUUCAUCGGGACAUCAAACCGGACAAUUUCCUUAUGGGCAUCGGUCGUCACUGUAACAAACUCUUCUUAAUUGACUUUGGACUGGCGAAAAAGUUCCGAGACGCCCGGACACGUUGUCACAUUGCGUAUCGUGAAGACAAAAAUCUCACGGGAACCGCUCGCUAUGCCAGCAUCAACGCCCAUCUCGGAAUCGAACAGUCUCGCAGGGACGACAUGGAGAGUCUCGGUUAUGUGCUUAUGUAUUUCAACCGCGGCUCGUUACCCUGGCAAGGGCUUAAGGCUGCAACCAAGAAACAGAAAUACGAAAAAAUCAGCGAAAAGAAAAUGUCCACACCCGUAGAAGUACUAUGCAAAGGAUUUCCAGCAGAAUUUUCGAUGUAUCUCAAUUACUGUCGCGGUCUCAGAUUCGAGGAGGCUCCCGACUACAUGUACCUUAGACAACUGUUCCGUAUAUUGUUCAGGACCCUGAACCACCAAUACGACUACACAUACGACUGGACGAUGCUUAAACAAAAGGCCGCCCAGACGGCCGGCGUCGUGGGAGCGUCUGCUCAACCAUCAACUUCACAAACUAUCACUCAGCAACCCGCUAAAGAUAACGAAAAAGAAAAGAAUCAGAACUCGACGAAGGCUACUGCACAUACAUACAAUCACGGCUCCGUUUGCGAAAUAAAUAAACCUGUUAAAGGUCAUUGAGUUGAUGAACAUCCCGUUGUUACCAAUUCUGUUUUUGUUUUCCUGUAUUUGUACCAUUUUUGAUUAGAGCUACAUAAAUCGAACCAUUGUUAAAAAUUUGUUUUUAUUUUCGUCAACACACUGAUUCUUCUUUCAAAACUUAAUCAAACACAAUUUAUUACUUUUCUUUUAACGUUACUAUACUCUCCAAUACUUUAUUCUAUCGUAAUAUCAAAAUUAAAGUUGUUCGAUAUCUUUGUAUGUAGUUCUGAGCAGUAUAUUCUGGUUGCAUUUUAGUAUUUGGGUGCUUACCAGGGGUGUGAUACCUCAUUGCGAAGUUCAUGAGUAGAGGAUCAGAGAAGUCAAAAUCCGUUGUCAGAAACGUUAGCAUUAUAUCUCAAUAAUUAUUUAUUGGGUAGCAUCAGUUACUAUGAUAAAUAAUUAGUUAGCUCUGACCGUUAUGCCAUUGAGUUGAGGUGAAAGAGUAGGUCAGUAUUGUUAUUCUAGCUUAGUUUAAGCCAUUUGUCAUAGGUAUUAUUAACCUUUUAAGCCUUUCGCGACAUCUUUGCUGUGGUAAGGGACAAAACACAGUUUUGUCUAAUACUUACAAUUAAACCGGUGGAUUCCGUCAUGAGCGACCUUCACACUUGUGUUCCUCUACUCAUGGGCUUUCUAAUGAGGGCCAAUUCAUCGCUGCCCUUAUAGUCUUGUAAAAUUAUGUUUUCUCAGAAGUAAUAUUAUUUAUAAGUGCGAAAAGGUGAAAAUUAGUCAACAUUGUGCCAUUUUUAGUUUGUAGUAAUGUAAGUUACAAAUAAAUAUUGUAACGGUUCAUUCUUUUUAAGAAAGUACUUUACUUUUUAUGAAAGUUCUUUAAUUGCAACAGAAAUUUUCAUUGCAUAAAUACAAAGAAAUCAAACAAUUUUUACUUACAUACAUCAUUACAUGAAACAUUUAUUUAUUUAAUUUAUUUCCUUUACACUUUUUUUUUUUAAUUCGUACAUUUCUUUCGCUUUGCUUUUCAAACCUUAUUUUUAUUUCAGGCCUACCAGUCGUAACAAAAAUUCUGUGAUGUGCAACACCAAGGCUAACUGUUAGUUUUCAUCCUUGCAACAUUAUAGUGUCCAUUACAAAAUCUUAACAUAAUUAAAAAAAUGUUUUCUUUUUAGCAACAUUUUUUUUUUUGGGUGAUUAUCAUAUCUUAUAUAAAUGCUAACUUUUUUGGGACAUAUACACAAUAGACGUGAACAGCAAGUGUGAAAGUUUUAUUUUCCUUUUUAUUUCAAACAUUCAAGAAUGGGUUUUCGUUACGUUUAUUAAUGUUUGAGAAGUUUUUAGUAAGGUACUUUUUCAUCAAGACAUUUGGAAAAUUUUUCUCUGCGUUCUUACAAGUUAAUUUUCACUAAGCUGACUAUAUAUAAGGACGAAGAAAAAUUAAUGAAAAAGGAAAUGGUACAACUAAUAUUCUAGCUAUCCUAGUUAAAUUUAGGACAUCGUACCCUUCUUAAUGUUUUCAUCAAUAUUUUGUCAUGGUUGCGCUCUUAGUAAAAAAUGACUAGAGUAGCAAAAAUUUGGCGAUUUUUCGUAAAAUAUCUCAAACUACCCAAAUUUAGGAAUCUAGGAAAGACAUGAAUGUUAAUACAAUUAAAAAAAGUUGUUGAAAACUUUAAGUAGAUACGCUUUUAAAAGGGCUAGCUAACAUUUUAGUUGCACUCAUUUCAUUUUUCAUCAAUUUUCAGAGUAAUUUUCUUACAUUUGCUGUUCAUAUUAAAAAUAAAGUACAAAAGAAUGUAGGUAUACUGAACGAUGUAUAUAGACAUUCUUUUAAAGGAAAAUAGUUACUAAUCUGCUAAUAUUUCAAUUAUGAGGGAUGAAAACUAAUUGGAUUGUUGCAUGGUGGGUUUAAUUAUAUGUUAAAAAAAGUUCGUAAAACCAAGUGCACGUUCUUGGUGGGUGAAUAACGAGGUGUUUAUUUUUAGGCAAUCGCUAACCAUUUCAUCUUUUCCACCAGUCAUACCGACAUCACCGACUGGAUCGAACCAACAACAUUUUAACAGUUGGUUAAAUUUUUUCUUGUGACGUUUGUCCUCAUUUUGAAAACAAAAUAUAUAUAUAAAUAUUGUAAUAAUCAUUAGGGAAUACAAUACUAAUUUCUUUUUCUUUUUGUUCCAUAAUGAUGGUCUGUUUACGCACGUCAACAAAAAAUGACGAACUUAUUAAGUACAUGUAAUAACAAGCAAAACAAAUUGAAAAAUGAAUUAUUACUAUAAUAAUAAUAUUAAUAAUGAUUACUAAUUUCUAGGGAUGGGAGUGUUUAUGGGUGUGAGAGUGUAUAAGUGUUGACGAAUUUGUGUGUGUAUUUGAAUCGGUAUCAGCAACUUUUCGGGAGCGAAUGUCAUGAGUGAUUUGCAAGUCUGGCUGUCAAUAUUUAAUAAGUAUAGUAGUAACUUAAGUGAUAUGUAUGUUUUGUUUGAAGUACUUGUAAACGUUAUAAAUAUUAGAUGCUAAUUCGGAUGUGGAAUUUCCUCACUAACCUACAAAGAACCAAAGGUUUCAAGUGCUACAUUGUAAAAAGACUGUGAUCAUCCCUUUUAUGGAAUUUUUUAUAAUGUAGUAGCACUGCCCUUUUAACGACAAAAAUGAGGAUACUGUCAUACAUUAUAAGGGCUGAUAAUAAAAUUAAAAAAAGAAAAAUAGCGUUGCACUUCUCUCGUGAACAUUUAUUAUCAUAUUAUCAAAUAUUCGGGAGGUAGUAUUUGCAACAUAAGAAAUAAAGAAAGCCCUUCAAGAACACUCACAGUUAUUUCAACUUGAUUCAGUGACCGAAAUUGAAAAAUGUAUUAAUCUUAUAGAAUUAAAAAAAAAAGUCUUGUCAAAUUAAUUUAACGAUACUUGUUUUUAUACUGGAACUAAUAACGUUUCGGUGAUCUUUUAUUAGGUAGCUGAAAGUAAAUAAUUACAAUUUUAAAAUUAAUAUGUCAUAAAUGAUUCGUUAUAGGUGAAAGGUUUGAUUUAUAGAAAAGAAAUCGUCAGCUUCAUAAUGCAUAUGAUUGUGAUAUUUUUUACAUCGCAUCUAUCGUUUCGUAUUCUUUUUGUCUAACGAUAUUUAGGUAGAAUUUUAUUUUAUAUUUACUUUAAAAAAAUGUCAUUCUUAACUUAUUCCCGUAUCGGUGCGAAAUGUCGGCCAUAUACUGAGAUUUUAUUAAAUAAUUUGAUUGUUAGUAGUACUUGGACAUCAGUGCAGUCAAAAAAGAAAUAACAUAUUGUAUAUAAAAAUUUGUACAGAUAAUGUGAGCAUUUUUUCGUAUUAUUCCAAUAAAGAUACUAUUUGGUAUUUUUUUUAAAGAGGUACUGAAUAUAUUAUCAAAACUAACACUAUGGCACUUUAUACUAAUAAUGUUUAAUUACUAAUAUGUAAAUAAUUUAGUAUCAAAUUUAUGCGACAAUUCUAUUAAAUUAAUUGCUUCUCUUGCAAGCUCUUUGACAAGUUGAAAUAAAUGUUGGAAUGUGGUGAAAUUUUCAAACGAAAAUAAACAACAAAUGUACAAAGUAACUGUCUGAUUGAAAGGUAUUUGUCUCUUUUUAACUUGGGGUUUGUCCUAAACGGAUAACGUUAUUUUUUCUAUUGUAAGAUUUGGUGAUAAUAUAUAGCGAUGUGUUUUAUGUUUAACUAAAUAAAUACUGGUCUCGUAUAUAUAUUUUAACGGAUAAUGAUAAUAAUUUAAAGGUGUUUCGUUCAAUCGAAUUUAAAACGAUUGUACGAUUUACCCUGUAUACGGUUAAUUUAGUUCGCUUUAAUUGCCCAUCAACAUAUAAAAGUGAACUGCAACAUACGAAAAGAAAUCAUUUGACAACUGUUUUUAGUUCAUUACUAAAAUAACAAAAAAGUUAGUUGCAUGUUUGUAAAUUGUUUUACAAAUAAUGUAAAAUAAUAUUUCUUCCUGUAGCUGCAGAAUGUUGAGGUACUGCCAUGGACGUGGCGCUGCUCGUGACCAGCGUCCGCGUCUCUCUUUCCUUAAAACCUACCGUUGGCCAAUAUGUAAAAGAUUAUUUUUUAGUUUCUUUUGUAUGUUUAGUGGUUAUUACAAUAGUUUAAGGCUUUCGCCUAUUAUAAUAAGUUUGAUAACAGAAUUCAAUUUGUAAAGGAACUGUUAAAACUUAAACAAGAAUAAAUUCUAAAAGUACA